UCGUCACAGACAUCCCAAAAAACAGGAGUUAAAUUUGGGUUGCGAAUCGUCCAAUAUGACGAACUACAGAAGGAAAUGAUUGACACUGAAUGUGUACCAUGACUUCAUCUCUUGCGAUCCAAUUGACUGAUGGUGUAGAAUUUAGUCUCUGAGGUACGGAACUGAAUAAUUGCAGAAUAUUGGCAGAAAACUUCUAUCGCGUGGAUGAAUGCUAUAUUCAACGAGGCAAGGCCAGCGUGAAACACCAUUCAGCUCUACCCCGCGGCUGGCUUUCUAGUGCAUCUAUUCGCCAUUUGCUUGAGAAGUUAUGAUCCCUUCUGCUCAAAUUUGAAAUUUGGGUUGCUUUCCAACUGUGGGGGACUAUCAAAGCUGUUUUACCUCCUGCGAUUUCGAGCUGGUUUUGCUCUGCGGCUAUUCAAUUUUGGCACUCUUGAUGAGGUGUUGCUAGCGUUGGCACACAGCGAGGCUGAGAAGGAAUCGGGGGUUCCUCAUGUUGCGGCAGGGGUUGCUGUUUGUGAAGAGGUCGCUUGGAGGUGCUGCCGAAUGGAGGAUCUCAGAUGCAGUUGGUCAGAAGUAUCCGCGAUUUGCAUCUCCCUUGUCGAAUGUGGCAUCGGAUGCGGGGGAUAGUGAAGAAGAUCUUCGGGUUUUUAUUGUGGCAGGGGAGCCUUCUGGAGAUGUCAUUGGAAGUCGACUCAUGGGGUCCUUGCGCCGCUUGUCACCAAAGCCAUUGCGUUUUGCAGGAGUAGGCGGAGCUAAUAUGGAGAAAGAGGGGUUGGAUUCUGUGUUCAAGAUGGAAGACAUCACUGUCAUGGGCGCAGCUGAGCUCUUUCCUCACAUGUUUCGCAUAUGGCGGCGGCUCCGUCAGACUGUUGCAGAAGCUGUAGAUUUCGAGCCGCAUGUAGUUGUCACAGUGGACGCGAAAGGAUUCUCUUUUCGUGUGCUUCGAAGCCUGACAGCCAUAUACGAGAAAAAAAAAGAGCAGCCGCCCUUCUUGGUGCACUACGUAGCACCAUCAUACUGGGCAUGGAAAGGGGGUGAUGCGAGGUUGGAUAGUAUGAAAGAAUUUGUUGACCACCUUUUGUGUAUCUUGCCCUUCGAAGCUCCGAUGUGUAAAGCUCAUGGACUGGGAGCAACUUUUGUGGGACAUCCUGUACUGGAAGACGCCUACAUGAAUGUACCUAGUGCAGAGCAUAGCGCACCAAGGAACUGGGAGAUUCAAGGAUUUGGGACCAAUUUUCGAGAAAAACACGGUGUGCAGUCUGGGACAAAAAUUAUUAGUGUGUUGCCUGGGAGUCGCGUUCAAGAAGUGAAGCGCAUGCUGCCACUGUUCAGAAUCGCCAUGCACCGUCUAGCUGAAGAUUAUCCGCAUAUCAAAGCUGUCGUACCAACUGCACAAAGUUCUGUUGUCACAAACAUGGUACAAGAAUCCGUAUCCAGAUGGGAAAUCCCUGCCAUAGUUGUUCCAGCUGCUUCAGAUCUCGAAAAAUAUGAUGCGUUUGCAGCAAGCGAUGCAGGGUUGUGUACAUCGGGAACAGCGAGCAUGCAAUUGUUGUUAGCAAGGGUUCCAAGUGUGGUGGCGUACCGUGCCAAUCCAAUUACGGAGUGGCUGAUCAAAUCACGCACAAAGUUGGAGUACAUCUCGCUUCCUAACAUCUUAUUGAAUUCACCCGUAGUUCCGGAAGCUCUUUUUGGCGAAUGCACACCUGAGCGACUCGCUUCUCUUCUGAAGCAAGUCCUUGAAGACCACCAGAUGCAGGAACUGCAGCGGACUUCGGCAGACCAGGUGCUGUCCAUGUUAUCUCCUCCAAGUAGCAGUUUGCUGCAUUCUAGUGGCGCAUUGCUUAUAGAAGAUGAACAUAGUGAGAAGCCAAGCAUGGCUGCUGCAGCAACUAUUUUAGAGUUUUUUGGUCUCAUGAAUAGCCCUAAGAAAUCACCCAUUUCGUACUGAGAAAUAGCCAUUUGAGUCACUUGAGUCGUUGUUCGGACUAAUUUGUGCAUCUCUUUGCCUGUUUGAGGAGCAAGAAUUUUUUGUGCCGACACCCCAUCAUGUUCCUUGUGCUGAGUUGCUUGUAGAUAAAUCUGCAAACCUCAAAUUUAUUCUGUACUGUGUGGAGCAGUGGAAGGCAUUUUCUUCAGUGCAGUAUUUGAAGAUUUGGGUCAAAGAGCUGGAGUGAUAUGAACAUUGGUUUGUCAGGAAAAUCGAUUAAUAAAAAUAAAUGUAUGACUUACAAUUAAAAAA